GAUGGAGGAGCACAGCAAAAACAAAGAGGAAAACAAGAAAAGCAAAGAGAGCCACUCAACCGUAGUUGUUCUCAGGGCAAGCUUGUUACUGAUUGAAUUGGUGAUCAUGUCAGGAAGAGUGGAGAUCACUGGAAAAGUAGCAUAAAGUGUAGAGAGGCAGAAUGCAGCCUGGUGAGUGGGAGAGUCUGGGUGUUCUGUGAAAUGCAGAUCACACCCCACUCAGAGAUUCAUACUCUAACUCAUACACACACAUGGACAGGAGGUCAGCCAGUCGCCCCCUGCCCAGCCCAGCAAAGGACUCAUUUGGUGCUGCUUUACAUGCCAUCAGUGUGACCACAGAGCUUGUAGAGGAGGAACUGAAACCUCACCUGGACACGCUGCUGACUGUUGCUGUGGAGAGGAAACGAGGCCUAGCUGAGCAGGUGGUAGAGAGUGGCAUUCUGCCUGUUCUGGCUCAGACUCUGAGGAGGAAGAGUGCUCUCACUGUACACACAGCCAGAUUGGUAGCUGAACUCGCAAGAGAGGCUCUAGUGAGAGACAGCUGCUUCGACACUGGCAUUAUAUCUGCUCUUCUGACGCUGCUGCUCAGUAAGGACCAGGAUCUGCUGCUGCAUGUUAGCCGAGCUAUUGGGAGAAUCUGCUACGACAGCAAUUUGCAGCAGGAGAGGCUGCUGAGGCUGGGAGCUGUCCCGCGGCUGGUGGCUGUGCUGCUGCAGCACUGUGAGAAUGAGGUCCUGCUCAGCUCCUGCCUGCUGACUCUGAGUAACCUGGCUGACAUGGGUGAACAGGACGACUCCAAGUUCGUGUGGGAGAAGAGUGGGCAUUUUGACGAGGGAGAGCAAGUGUUCCACGGCACGCCCCAGCACUCUUUCGGUUUUGUGUCAGCAGUGACGGUGGUCCGACUGAACCAGUGGCCUCAGGGACAGUACUCAGUGAGCGUGGAAGUGCUUCAGCGAUGCUCCACUCUGUUUUGGGGGGCACAUAAUAGACGUCAGACUGGCUGGCGCUUGCCAAGCUUCACACACUUGGGCUGCUGUCCCAAAUUCUACAAGGUUAUUAAAUACUCAGUGAGGAACAUUCCUAAGAACAGGAGUCUGAAGACAGCAGUAUUUCACACAUUCUUGUGAGGAUAGAUGGUCAUCUCACAAGAACUUUAAAUGGCUUAUUUGAAGAGUAAAAAGUUUCAUUUCAACAUGGCUUGACUCUGUGUUAACCACAGAACUAGUUGAUGCAGUGUUGAAUGUGGAUGGAUGGAAGCAUCAUGACCCUAAAUGUCUACUCUGCUCAGAACAUAGGAAAGUACAGCACUGCGCAAAAGUUAGAGACAUUAAAUUACCAGUCAAAAUGGCCAUUAAGUACAUUAUUCAGUUUUGAGGGUAUAAAAGCAAAAAACGUAUCAUGCAAAAUAGUAAAUCCAGAAGAGUAACUUUAUAGGUGGAGGCAAAAAUAAUCUUAAUCUAUAAUGUAAGUUAAUGUAAAAAGAUUGUAUUUGAAAUCAUUUUGGAGCAUUCAUCUUACACAACGUGAAUAGCUGCUAUUCUCAAAUGAUGUAGAAACAUUUUCUUUGGAAAGUGACCAUAUAUUUAACAAAAAUAUACUCAGAAGCCUCAACA